AUGUCGAAAGUUCUGAUAAAGGUUCCUAAACUGAAGCAAGCGGCGCGAGCUGCCAAUGUUACACCCAAGCCUUUGCCACCUCCUCCUACACCAGGUCCACUGUCGGGCUCAUCCUCCAACUCAGCUGGAUACGGAAAACGAUUGUACACAUGGUUCAGGAGAAACUUGCCCGUGAUUGGCCUGAAUGUUGGCUCCGCUUGUAUUUUGGUCGGUUUCUCAAGAUCGGAUGUGGUUGAGCUUAGGGGUCUCGCCAUGACGGGGCAAUUUAUGUUUGCAGGUUAUAACCUUGCUCAAAAGACGAUACUUUGGCCUGCUGUGGCUUGGUCGUGUUUAUUCGCAAGUGUCAAUGCAGUAAAAAUUUUCGAAAUUCUUCAUGAAAGGCAUGUGGACGUUCAUAUGAGUGAGGAGCAAGAAGAACUGUUUGUAGAACACUUUAUGCCCCAUGGUGUCACUCCGAAACAAUUUGAGAAGAUCGAAGAAAAGGCGGCAAAGUUUAAUUUGAAAUCUGGGGAUUCCGUGAUCCGCAAGGGAGAAAAGCUGGAUCAUGUCUAUCUCGUGGUAGAAGGAUCGACAAAAGCGCACAUUCUCGGAAGGAAACUUUCUGCAGCCUCGACGAAUAAAGGUACAAAAGGAGAUAACAAAAUUGGAGGUGAUAGUGGCGCAUGGGUCGGUGAAAUGACAUUCCUGGAGGUGUUUGGGAGAAAAGUUCAACGAGGCGAAGGUUUAGAUGACUCGUCUAGAAAGCAGGGCGUGGGGAUCUCACUGUACUCUAUUGUAGCAGACGGAGAUUGCAAGGUCAUGUCUUGGUCGCAUGACGACUUGGAAGAGUUGAUGGAGAGUUCCACCGAUCUAAGAGCCUCGCUAACCAGAGCGAUGACCAGUGCUCUAGUGGGCAAAGUUGUGAACCUAACUAUCAGUCGGGCGGAUGGUAUCCCAAACAGCUGGUCUGGAUGGUUGGCCGACUGGAAACACAACGAUGGAGCUAGAGUGCAGGUACAAAAUGUUCAAAGAACUAGAUUUGAGGAAGAAGGAGGCAUUGGAGCCAUUGCUAGUGAAAAAUAG